AUGAAGGACGCGGUGGAGAUGGCUGUGCUGUCCCACAUCCGCCACCCGGCGGUGGUGGGGGUCUACGGCUGCUUCACAGACAUGGUGGAGGAGGCAGGAGACCCAGGGGCGUCUCCGCCGGCGUCGGCGCGGCUGCCGCGGUACCGGCCGCUGCGGCCCGACGACCCCCAGGAGGCGAUGGCCUGCAGUAUCAUCGUGAUGGAGUACUGCGACCAGGGCACCCUUCGGGAUGCCAUCGGGCGCGGGGUCGUGCACGCACGCAUGUCAGACAAGAUGAUCGCCAUCGACAUCCUCACGGCCGCUGAGAUCCUGCUGCAGAUUGCCAGGAGCAUCGCGUUUGUCCACGAGCGCGGCCUGCUGCACUGCGACAUCAAGACCGAAAACAUCCUGAUCAAAACCGACGUCAGCAGCAGCCUGGGCUUUGCCUGCAAGCUGGCGGACUUUGGGCUCGCCAAGAUGCUGAACCAAGAGUGA